CCACCGGGGAGGGGCGGGGCCAGCGGGGCGGGUCCCGCCGGGGUCCCGGUACGGCGCCGUCAUGGCGGGGGUGUUCGAUAUCGACCUGGAGACCGAGGAGGGCAGCGACGGGGACGAGCCCGAGCUGGGCGCCGAGAUGGAGCUGGAGCCCCGGGGGAACGGCCUGGAGCCGGUGGGGCACUACGAGGAGAUCGAGAUCUCGGAGAGCAGCGUCAACAACGGCCCCGAGCACAUCGGACCCCACUGCUUCGAGCUGCUCCGCGUCCUGGGCAAGGGCGGCUACGGCAAGGUGUUCCAGGUCCGCAAAGUACAGGGCACCAACACGGGGAAGAUUUUCGCCAUGAAGGUCCUGAAGAAGGCCAAGAUCGCCUGCAACGCCAAGGACACGGCACACACGCGGGCCGAGAGGAACAUCCUGGAGGCCGUCAAGCAUCCCUUCAUCGUCGACCUCAUCUACGCCUUCCAGACGGGCGGCAAGCUCUACCUCAUCCUGGAGUGCCUCAGCGGUAAGGGGGGGGGGGGGUUUGCUGGGGAGGGGGGGGGGUCUGGGGGGGCCGGGAAUGGCUCAGGGGGUCCCACUUGGGCUGGUUUUUUUGCAGGCGGAGAGCUCUUCAUGCAGCUGGAGCGGGAGGGCAUCUUCCUGGAGGACACUGCCUGUUUCUACCUAAGCGAGAUCACGCUGGCGCUGGGUCACCUGCAUUCCCACGGCAUCAUCUACCGCGACCUCAAGCCGGAGAACAUCAUGCUCAACAGCCAAGGUCACAUCAAGCUGACGGACUUCGGGCUGUGCAAGGAGUCGAUUCACGACGGGGCCGUCACCCACACCUUCUGCGGCACCAUCGAGUACAUGGCCCCCGAGAUACUGGUGCGCAGCGGGCACAACCGGGCGGUGGACUGGUGGAGCCUGGGCGCCCUGAUGUACGACAUGCUCACAGGAUCGCCCCCCUUCACCGCCGAGAACCGCAAGAAAACCAUCGACAAGAUUCUCAAGGGGAAGCUGGUGCUGCCGCCGUACCUGACGCCCGACGCUCGGGACCUGCUUAAAAAGUUCCUCAAGAGAAACCCCAACCAGAGGGUUGGGGGGGGGCCGGGUGACGCGGCCGAUGUGCAGAAGCAGCCCUUCUUCCGCCACAUCAACUGGGAGGACCUGCUGGCCCGCAGGCUGGACCCCCCCUUCAAACCCUGCCUGCAGUCGGAGGAAGACGUCAGCCAGUUCGACACCCGCUUCACCCGCCAGACGCCCGUCGACAGCCCGGAUGAUGCCGCCAUCAGCGAAAGUGCCAACCAGGCUUUCCUGGGCUUCACCUACGUGGCCCCCUCGGUGCUGGAGAGCAUCAAGGAGGGGUUCUCCUUCCAGCCCAAGGUGCGCUCCCCCCGUCGCCUCAACAGCAGCCCCCGCACCCCCGUCAGCCCCGUGAAGUUCUCCCCCUUCGAGGCGUUCAAGCCGGGGGCGGCGGGGGAGCCGAUGGAGCUGGGGGCCAGCCUGCCCCCCCCACCCGAGGGCACGGCCCCCCUGCCCAUCAAGACCUCCGUGGGUGCCAAGAAGCAGAAGGGGGGCCGGGGGCGGGUGCCCAGGUAGGGGUGGGGGA